GUUUCAUUCAAAAGGCGCGCAGGGUGCGCGGCCGCGGGUGCGCUCGCCUGGCCCGGCGCUGGCGUCGCGUCGUCGCCGUUCGGGAAGUCGGGCUGCCGGGCGCUGCGUCGGCGCGGCCAGGCUCGGAGCUUCAGGGCCCAAGGAUGAAGUGGGGCCCAGUGCUCUGGCCCCUCACCUGCCUCCUGGUGCUGUCGCGCUGCUCUCUGGCCACCCCCACAGUGCCAAGCUUGUGGCAGUGCCCGCCGGGGGAGGAGCCCAGCCUGGCCCCGGGUGCUCUCUGCAGGCCCUGCCCGCCGGGCACCUUCUCGGCAUCGUGGGGCUCUGGGUUGUGCCAGCCCCAUGCCCGCUGCGGAGUCCAUGGGAGAUCGGAGGCCCGGGCGGGCACAGCCACUCGAGACACACUCUGUGGAGCCUGCCGGCCCGGGUGGUUCGUCCCUUCGGAGGCCUCCCGCGCCCCCUGCCAGCCGUGCGCCUGGGCGUCUCCGGGAGCGCGCGGCUGUGAUGAGCGGGUGCAGCGAGCCCGUCGGGGUGUGGAGGUGGCCCCGGGGGCCGGCGGCAGCGAGGAGACGGGGCAGCCCGGGAACGGCACGCGGGCGGGCAGCGCCGAGGAGAAGGCCACUCAGUACGCGGUCAUCGCCAUCGUGCCCAUCUUCUGCCUCAUGGGGCUGCUGGGCAUCCUGGUGUGCAACUUGCUCAAGCGCAAGGGCUACCACUGCACAGCCCACAAGGAGGUGGCGCCCGGGCCCGGGGCCGGGACCAGCGGGAUCAACCCAGCCUUCUUGGCCGAGGACCCCAAUGAGGACACCAUCGGGGUCCUGGUGCGGCUGAUCACGGAGAAGAAAGAGAACGCGGCGGCGCUGGAGGAGCUGCUGAAGGACUAUCACAGCAAACAGCUGCUGGCCGCCGGCCAUGGGCCCGCACCCCGGCUGCCACCCCCCAGCUCGCCGCACACCUGCCCGCACCACCACCUGCACACGGUGCAGGGCCUGGCCUCGCUCUCCGGCCCCUGCUGCUCCCGCUGCAGCCAGAAGUGGCCCGAGGUGCUGCUGUCCCCAGAGGCCGCUGCCGCCUCCUCUCCCGCCCCGACUAGGCUCCUCCCGGGCGCGGGCCGGCCCCCCAAGGCUGGGACCAAGGCUGGACGCCAGGGCGAGAUCACCAUCCUGUCAGUGGGCAGGUUCCGUGUGGCCCGAAUUCCUGAGCAGCGGGUGAGUUCGGCCGUGUCCGAGGUGAAGACCAUCAUGGAGGCCGGGCCAUCGGUGGGGGACCUCUCUGAGCCCCUGGAGCCUGGCCUCUCUGCCGAGCAGCGGGCACAGCUGGGCGGGGGCGGAAGCCACCCCAAGUGGCUGAAACCCCCCCUCGUGGAGAGCAAGGCGGAGGAGAACCGUUAUGUGGUCCGGCUAAGUGAGAGCAACCUGGUCAUCUGACGGCCUCGUCGGAGGACACGCGACCCCACCCCUGGGGUCCCGAGGAUUCCUGGAGCCGGGGCGCCAAGUGGGGCCUGUAAGGACCAAGAAACCAUGAGUGGCCCCGCAGAUGGCACUGCAGACAGACCCGCAGGGGCCCCUGUCCGAGGUGGAGGGGCCGCUCAGGGAGGCCAUGGCAGGUGCAGUGUAGGAGUAGGUUGAGAGCCCUUCCUGGUUCCUGCUCCCCACUCCUCCCCUGUGGGGUGCAGGGUACAAGUGCACCCCUGACCUUGUACCCUGCUGUGGCCUGACCUGAGGUGCCCGCGGCACACUGUGCCACCAGGUGGCUGGUUUGGACGGCAGGGAGGGGCCUCCUGGCUCAGUACCCACUUUUGCCUUGUACAAGGCUGAGAGAAGGGGGCUGGCACCCCAUCCAGCAGGUUCUGCAAAGGAAGGGGCCUCGCUGGGUGUGAGCGGGGAGCCCUGGGUGCCAGCCCCGGGCGCGCCCCCUCCCUCGCUGGACCCCCUUUUCUGACUGUGAGGGGCGCCUCUCCAGCUUCUUGUCUUCUGGGAGCAGCUGUGCCGAGAGCUUGACUCCUGCCACCCGUCAGCAGCUUCGGUCCCGCAUUUGCCACGCCCAGGACUCCCCCCAAGGUCCCCAAGGGGUGCCCGCAGGGGGGCCUCGUGCAUGUGCCGCCGCCACGCCCCGCCAUUCCAAGGAGACUCAGCCGGGCCGGCAGUGGGGUGACGCAGAGCUCGGUGUGAGCUCAGGAGCUGUGGGGGAGAUGGGGUGACGGUGUGUGUCCCGGCCUGGGCACUGCAGGCGGCUGCCCAGCCUUCCCCGUCACUGCUCUGCUCCGCUCCCAGGUUAUUUAUGUGGGGCCGUGCUGGCGCGGACCCAAGACCAUCCCCGUUUCUCUUAUUUAUUAAAACGUUGCUAUUGUCCUAGC